CUCCUCUUUGUGCAUGUUCGAUAAAAUUAAAAGUAAUGUCGGAUAAAAAUACUUUCUCGACGCCAUUUCAAUAUUGUAGAAUCUUGUUUAAGUUUUUCUUGUUCAUAGUUGUUAUCAGUAAUGUGGUGAUCAAUGUAACAGCUUUGAAGGAGCAAGAAGGAACCCCAGGUUGGGAAUGGGGUUUGGGCCCUCUAGUAAAGAGAUCAGAAAGAAAAUCAGUAGUUUCAACUGAAAAUGGGGAAGUCUCUUUAGUUAGAGUAUCUGAUGGAACCGCUGCAUUUUAUCAUCUUCAGUUCAUCACAUUGGAGCCUAAUUCCCUCUUCCUUCCUGUUGUUCUACAUGCAGAUAUGGUCUUUUAUGUCCACACUGGGUCGGGAAAAUUGACUUGGAUGGAUGAAAAUGAACGGAAGUCGGUGGAUUUAAGAAUAGGAGAUGUUUUCAGGCUGCCUUUUGGAGCUAUUUUCUUCUUAGAGAGCAACUUAGAGCCUGCAAGACAGAAACUUAGAGUUUAUUCCAUCUUUGCCAAUUCAGGGGAUGACAUACGCGAGCCAGUUAACACACCAUACUCCAGCAUCCGCGAUUUGGUUCUUGGAUUUGAUAGGAAAGUCCUCCAAGCGGCAUUCCAUGUACCAGAGGAUGUGAUAGAAGUGCUGAAUGGAACAGAAGUACCAGCCAUCGUGCAUGGUGUGCCAAAGUCAACAAAGAAGACCCUGUGGGAAAUGGAGGCUCAGUUCAUGAAAAGCCUUCUACGAAGGGGCAGUUACAGUUUCUUUGACAUCCAAAGGAAUAAAAAGAAGAGUACUAAAUUGUUCAAUGUUUUCCAAGAGAAACCAGAUUUUGAGAAUUGCAAUGGCUGGAGCACGGUUAUAAACAGGAAGAAACUGCCUGCACUAAAGGGUUCCCACAUUGGCAUUUACGUAGUGAACUUAACCAAAGGAUCAAUGAUGGGGCCACACUGGAAUCCAACGGCUACUGAAAUUGGAAUAGCAAUUCAAGGAGGAGGAAUGGUAAGGGUAGUUUGCUCAAGCACUGGAACACAACAGGGGUGCAAAAACAUGAGGUUUAGAGUGGAUGAAGGAGAUGUAUUUGCAGUGCCAAGAUUUAAUCCUAUGGCACAAAUGGCAUUCAACAACAAUUCAUUUGUGUUUGUGGGGUUUAGUACAUCUACAAAGAGACACCAUCCUCAGUACCUAGCAGGGAAAGCUUCUGUCCUCCGUACAUUGGAUAGGCAAAUCUUGGAAGCAUCUUUCAAUGUGACUAACACAACAAUGGAUCAAAUUCUUGAAGCACAGGGUGAUUCAGUUAUACUGGAGUGUACAUCUUGUGCUGAAGAAGAAAUGAGGUUAAUGAAGGAAGAAAGGAGGAGGGCAGAGGAGGAAACUAGGAGAAAGGAAGAAGAGGAAGCAAGGAAGAGGGAGGAAAAACAAAGGAGGAAAGAGGAAGAAGCUAGAAAGAAAGAAGAGGAAGAAGCAAGAAAGGCUGAAGAAGAAAGAAGGGAAAGAGAAGCAGAGGAAACAAGAAGAAGAGAAGAGGAGGCAGCUAGGGAAAAAGAGGAAGAAAGGAGGAGACAACAAGAAGAAGCAAGGAAAAGGGAGGAGGAGGAAGCUAAAAGGCAGGAAGAGGAAAUUAGGAGGAGACAGGAAGAAGAGGAAGCUAGGAAAAAAGAAGAGGAAGAAGAAAGGGAAAAACAGGAAGCAGAGGAAGCAAGGAGAAAACAGGAAAAAAAGGAAGCAAGAAGAAGACAGGAAGAAGAAGAGGAAGCAAGGAGGCAGGAAGAGGAAAUUAGAAGGAGGCAAGAAGAACAGGAAGCUAGGAAAAGAGAAGAGGAAGAAGAAACGGAAAGACAAGUAGAGGAAGAAAGGAGGAGACAGGAAAAAGAGGAAACAAGAAGACAACAGGAAGAAGAGGAGGAGGAAGCAAGGAGGAGACAGGAAAAAGAGGAAACAAGAAGACAACAGGAAGCAGAGGAGGAUGAAGCAAGGAGGAGAGAAGAAUCUAGAAGGCAGCAGGAGGAAGAAGCAAGGAGACAAGAGGAAGAAGAGGAGGAAACAAGGAGAAGUGAAGAAGAGGAGGCAAGAGAGGCAGAGAGGAGAAGGCAAGAGGAAGCUGAAAGACAAGAAGAGGAAGCUAGGAGACAAGAGGAAGAAGCAGAAACAAGAAGGCAGCAGGAGGAGGAAGAAGCAAGGAGACAAGAGGGAGAAGAGGAGGAAGCAAGAGGAAGUGAAGAGGAGUCGGCUAGAAGACAGGAGGAAGAAAUGGAAAGGAGGCAUCAGGAAGAAGAAGAAGAAGAAGAAGAAGAAGAAACUAAAGAAGAGGACAGGGGCCGACAUGAACUGAUCAGGAGAAGAACAUUCCUCAACGUAGCAUGAUAAAUGGGACUACAUGCUUGGUUUUGUUACUGUCAUCAUUCAAUAAUUCUUAGUUAGUUUUCGGUAUAAGCAAUUUCGUGAAUGUGUGUGUAAUGUUUUUUCUUUCUUCCUUUUGGUAUCAUAUUUGUAGCUUGAAAUGUUGAAACCACCUUUCAUGGA